UGUAAAAGAAAAAUAAUUUGAUUAAAAAAAAGUUUUUUUGAAAUUGACAAUUCACUUAGUUCCUUAUGUAAAAAAAUGUCUACAACGCCAACUUCUAUGUCCGCCACAGUCGAUCCACAUUCGGCACUGCUAGCACAACGUAGAUCGGAAUGUGAGGAUUACAUGAGAGGUCUUACGGUUCAGUAUGAUCCAGGGACAUAUUGUGAAGCACACUUUGAUGGUUGGAGUUGUAUACCAUUGACGUUAGCUGGUGAAAUUGCUCGAAUACCCUGCCCGCCCAUGCUCGAAUUCGACACAUCAAGAUUUGCACACAAAAUAUGCGAGACUGAUGCCAGUUGGUUUCGCCAUCCGUUUAAUAACAGAUCUUGGACAAACUAUACGACAUGUAUAGAUGUUCAAGAUUUUGAGUUGAGACGACAAAUAAAUUUAAUUUAUAUAAUAGGAUAUACAAUAUCGUUGAUCGCAAUUCUCCUUUCUAUUUCAAUUUUCUUCUAUUUCAGAUCCCUGAAAUGUGCUAGAAUAACACUCCAUAUGAAUCUAUUCGCAUCAUUUGCUGCAAAUAAUUUUUUAUGGCUCAUAUGGUAUCAUGUAAUACUCGAUACUAAUGUCCUGGAAGCAGAAAGUCAGACCGGAUGUGUGCUACUCCACUUAAUUUUACAUUAUUUCCUUCUCACCAAUUAUGCUUGGAUGUUAUGUGAAGGUUUUUAUCUUCAUACUGUGCUCGUAUCAGCAUUUAUAUCAGAACAAAAGCUUGUUAGAUGGCUUAUAUUGCUAGGUUGGAGCUCUCCUGCAAUAUUUUUAAUUCUUUAUGGCAUUCUUCGAGGCUACGUGAGCGAGGAACAUGACCGUGCAUUCUGUUGGAUGAAUGAAAGUCCUUACUCGAAUGUGCUUGUUGCUCCAGUGUGCUUAUCGAUGUUACUUAAUCUCCUCUUUUUGUGUAAUAUUGUACGAGUGGUGUUACUUAAACUUCGGGCACCGGCUCAAAUGUCAAAUGGUCCUGGAAGUGGACCAUCGAGGAAUAUUCUUCAAGCUUUUCGUGCAACAUUACUUCUCGUUCCGUUGCUCGGCCUUCAAUAUAUAUUAACACCAUUUAGACCUGGGAAGAAUCAUCCGUAUGAGGCGACAUAUGAAGUUAUUUCUGCAUUUACGGCAUCAUUUCAAGGUUUGUGCGUGGCAACAUUAUUCUGCUUCUGCAAUGGUGAAGUUAUGGCACAGGUGAAGAGACGAUGGAAAAUAGCUUUUUUUCGUCCUCGGGCAAACAGCUAUACAGCAACACAAGUUUCGAGCUUUGUUGUCUAAUGAAAUUAAAACUGUAUAAAGAGCAAACACAAAAUUGCACAAAGUGAUUUAUCUUAUUAGAAAGUUUCAUUGUAUCUAUUUAUUAUAAUUUUUUUGAUACGUACCAGUAAUGAAAUUGAGGUAUUCUUAUUAAAUCAAAUUAUUGAAACGAGUAGCUUUAAAUUAUUGUUGAUGAAGAAAUUUUUCAAUUAGAUUAAAUUUGGUGUAGGCGCGAAUGGUUAUGAUGGAAGUUGGUGGAUGUAGGAUGAAAAAAAAUUGAAUCAAUGGUAAUUUUAAGUGAAAUGGAUAUGGUUCAGAAAUCAAAGGAAAUGUUUUUUUAAACGAAUAAUUAUACUGAAGGGAUGGGGAUGAGUUUGGGCAUCUGGAAUAAAAAAUUCAAGUUAUUUUAAAAAUAUGCUUUUUUAUGUGAAAUUAAAAUUGUAGUUGUAAACAUUGCCAAUCAAAAAAUUAAAAUUUCAAACCCUUAUCCUUAGAUUCAGGGGCGUAGGC